GCGGGCAGCGCGCGCGCCACACGUGCGGAGCUCCGACUGCGCUGUCAACUUUCUGCGCGUGAGCCGCAGCGGACAGGACGUCGUUCACUUUUCACAGGUGUUAACCGGGGAACCGAGCAGGUUUAAAAUGAACGAAAGCCUGGAGAACAACCUGACUCAACUGGACGACAACUGGACGUUUUAUAACGCCUCCACGGAGCACAGCAAGCCGCGGAACGUCACCUACGUGGGAUUUUACCUUCACCAGCCGUCUACAGCCGCCAUCUUCAUCAUCUCCUACCUGCUGAUCUUCCUGGUGUGCAUGGUGGGAAACGGGGUGGUGUGCUUCAUCGUACUGAGAAGCAAAAACAUGUGGACCGUCACCAACUUGUUCAUCCUGAACCUCGCCGUGAGCGACCUCCUGGUGGGGAUUUUCUGCAUGCCCACCACACUUCUGGAUAACAUCAUCACAGGGUGGCCCUUUGGAAGCCUGGUCUGUAAAAUGAGCGGGAUGGUUCAGGGGAUUUCGGUUUCCGCGUCCGUCUUCACUCUGGUGGCCAUCGCCGUCGACAGGUUCAGGUGCAUCGUCUAUCCCUUCAAGCAGAAGCUGACCAUUUCCACGGCCACCAUGAUCAUCGUCAUCAUCUGGGUCCUGGCGGUCUCCAUCAUGUGUCCGUCCGGGGUGAUGCUGCAGGUGACCAAGGAGCACACGGUGCGAGUGCUGCUGGGCUACGACAACAAAAGCAGCCCGUUCUACUGGUGCAAAGAGGACUGGCCCAACCAGGAGAUGAGGAAGAUCUACACCACCGUCCUCUUCGCCAACAUCUACCUGGCUCCUCUUUCGCUAAUCGUGAUCAUGUAUGCCCGGAUCGGCAUCACGCUUUUCAAAACCACCGUUCCAACGGGGGGAAAGCCGGGCCAGGAGAACCGCCACAACGUGUCGAAGAAGAAGCAGCGAGUGAUCAAGAUGCUGCUGGUCGUGGCUCUGCUCUUCAUCAUGUCCUGGCUGCCCCUGUGGACCCUCAUGAUGCUGAGCGACUACGCCCGCCUGACGGAGCAGCAGUACCGCAUCAUCAACAUCUACGUCUACCCCUUCGCCCACUGGCUGGCGUUCUUCAACAGCAGCGUCAACCCCAUCAUCUACGGCUUCUUCAACGAGAACUUCCGCAGGGGCUUCCAGGCCGUGUUCAAGUUCAGCCUGUGCGCGGCGGACGGCCACCGCCGCAGGACCUACUCGCACCGGCUGCAGGGGAACUCGGUGCUGCCGGCCAAUCCCCUGCAGACCACCGUGGAGCCCAUUUCCAUGAACAGCCUGGAGCAGAACCCCUCCAGGAGGCUGAACGUGGUCACGCAGCAGGAGCUGAUCAUGGAGGACCUGGAGAAGAGAUCCUGCAGCAGCGGGGGGGUGACGGCCGUGUCCAUCUGA